AGAUUGCUCACCGUUUUAGCUCUCGAUCAGGAUCCGAUAAGGCGACACCCGCUCCGCAAAGCUCGGUCCAAGGCCCGAGCCCGGUCAAAUCGAGAUCGCGCCCUCGUCCCGCACGCCAUCCGCCGUUUCCUUGGACGCGUCCGCCGAAUACCACCUCCUCGCGCGAGAGGUGUCACGUCAACCUCUUCACAGCCCCCCCGUGUCGCAGGACUCGCCUCAUUUCGCCGAGCACCUGGUGGGCGGCCCCGAGGAUGCGGUCCCCCGGCAUAUCCGGUCCCAAUCUUAUCCAUCUCAGCUAUCAUAAUGCCAUCUAUCGAGAAUCCAUGCAGAUCCGAUGGAUACCACCUUAAAUAGGCCGCAUCUCCGCCUUCUCCAGCCAUCCUUCCCUCCUUGUUUGUGGAAUCAUGUCUCUACUCCGAGAGCUCCUCGACCUCAACCUCACCGAGACCACCGAGAAGAUCAUAGCCGAGUACAUAUGGAUCGGCGGAUCGGGCAUGGACAUGAGGAGCAAAGCCAGGACUCUACCGGGGCCGGUGUCGGAUCCGAGCAAGCUUCCCAAGUGGAACUACGACGGAUCCAGUACUGGUCAGGCUCCAGGGGAUAACAGUGAAGUCAUCGUACAUCCUCAGGCAAUAUUCAAGGAUCCAUUCAGGAGGGGAAACAAUAUUUUGGUGGUGUGUGAUGCGUAUACACCAGCAGGGGAUCCGAUCCCUACCAACAAAAGGUUCAACGCGCAGAAGAUCUUUAGCCACCCUGAUGUGAUAGCCGAGGAGCCCUGGUAUGGCAUUGAGCAAGAGUACACUCUGUUUCAGAGGGAUGUUCCCUGGCCCCUUGGAUGGCCAGUUGGUGGCUUCCCUGGUCCUCAGGGCCCUUACUAUUGUGGUACUGGAGCUGAUAAGGCAUUUGGUCGUGACAUUGUCAACUCUCAUUACAAGGCAUGCCUGUAUGCUGGAAUCAACAUUAGUGGAAUCAAUGGAGAAGUGAUGCCUGGUCAGUGGGAGUUUCAAGUAGGACCUGCCGUUGGAAUUACUGCUGGUGAUCAGUUGUGGGUAGCCCGCUACAUCCUUGAGAGGAUUACUGAAAUUGCAGGAGCUGUUCUGUCCUUUGACCCCAAACCCAUGCAGGGAGACUGGAAUGGUGCUGGUGCUCAUACGAACUACAGCACCAAGUCUAUGAGAAAUGAUGGUGGAAUAGAAGUGAUUAAGAAGGCAAUUGAGAAACUUAGCAAGAAGCACAAGGAACAUAUUGCUGCAUAUGGUGAGGGCAAUGACAGGAGAUUAACGGGUCGUCAUGAAACUGCUGAUAUCAGCUCUUUUUCAUGGGGAGUUGCAAACCGUGGAGCAUCGGUUCGUGUGGGACGUGAAACAGAAAAAGAUGGCAAAGGAUACUUUGAGGACAGAAGACCAGCUUCCAACAUGGAUCCUUAUGUUGUGACCUCCAUGAUUGCUGAAACCACCAUUCUUUGGAAGCCUUAAAGAUAACAUGUGAUGGACAUUUUCUUAUGGUAUAACCUCCAGUCAAAUCUAGGAACUAUUGAUAUGUAUCCUGCUUUUAUAUGGUUUUAUGGUGUUAUUCUGGUCUUCAGUUGAUUGAUUUCUUGUAGUCCUCAAAAACAUGAAUAUUUGUUCCUCAAGCAUGAUCUAUGGUUGCUUGAGUUUUCCAAUAAUCUAAGCUUUAGUGGAA